UAACUCCCACUGCUUAAGGCUCCUGCCAGGGCGCUGCUGCCGGGCCACGUAUGGGCUCGGUUCCCCCAGAAAUACUGCCGUCUUCCCAUAAAUGCAUAAAAAGAACGAGUUCGAAACGAUCGAGCCGAUAUGUUUGAUUAGUUGCUUUUGUGGAUCCGUUUCGCUUCGACAAAUUUACAAGCGUCAGCCUGGUGCGCUCUGAAAGGAGCAUUCUUUCCUUAAAGGACGUGGGGGAAGGGAAACAGCUCAGAUGGAUUAAUAAAUCAUUUUUAAAUGCCCUGUUUAACCACCCAAUCAGCUUUUCGGAACAAGAGCACUCAAGGUGAAGGAUAAUAAUCAACUCGAAUCAGCACUUUGAAUGAAAUUUUGUUUCCCUGUGGCAUCUUCAACGCUUUCUUCUUUGGGUUUUGAAACAGACUUACACUCUGUGGCACAGCAGCUAUGCAGCUUGAAAUCCAAGUAGCACUCAAUUUUAUUAUUUCAUAUUUGUACAAUAAGCUUCCCAGACGACGUGUCAACAUUUUUGGUGAAGAGCUUGAAAGACUUCUGAAAAAGAAGUAUGAAGGGCACUGGUAUCCAGAAAAGCCAUACAAAGGAUCAGGGUUUAGAUGUAUUCAUAUAGGGGAGAAAGUGGACCCAGUCAUAGAACAAGCAUCCAAAGAGAGUGGUUUGGACAUUGAUGAUGUUCGUGGCAACUUGCCUCAGGAUCUUAGUGUUUGGAUUGACCCAUUUGAGGUUUCAUACCAAAUCGGUGAAAAGGGACCAGUGAAAGUGCUUUAUGUGGAUGAUAAUGAAAAUGGAUGUGAGUUGGAUAAGGAAAUCAAGAACAGCUUUAACCCCGAGGCCCAGGUGUUCAUGCCUAUUAGUGACCCAGCAUCUUCAGUGUCUAGUUCUCCUUCUCCUCCCUUUGGUCACUCAGCUGCUGUGAGCCCGACCUUCAUGCCCCGCUCCACUCAGCCUUUAACCUUCACCACUGCCACAUUUGCUGCCACCAAAUUUGGCUCAACCAAAAUGAAGAAUAGCAGCCGUGGCAACAAGGUCGCCCGCACCUCUCCCACCAACCUUGGCUUGAAUGUCAAUGACCUCUUGAAGCAGAAAUCCCUCUCCUCCUCCAUGCACUCUCUCUAUGGGCUCGGCCUAGGCAGUCAGCAACAGCAACAGCAGAAGACUUCUGCCCUGUCUCCUAACGCAAAGGAAUUCAUUUUCCCCAACAUGCAGGGUCAAGGUAGUACCAGUAGCAUCUUUCCUGGUGACAGCCCCCUUAACCUUAGUCCUCUCCAGUACAGUAAUGCCUUUGAUAUGUUUGCAGCCUAUGGAGGUCUAAAUGAGAAGUCUUUUGUGGAUGGCUUGAAUUUUAGUUUAAACAACAUGCAGUAUUCUAACCAGCAAUUCCAGCCAGUUAUGGCUAACUAAAAAUAAACCGAAACCCAAGUAAAUACUAUUGUACAAGUUCAAAUGCACGUACCCAAGGGUGUAUCUUUUUUUCCACCUCUUGAGAUUUUUUUUUUAGGGCUUGUAGGAUGAAUACGUUCAGGCUUGGUUAGAUAAAUACAACAUGCAUCAUUUUUUCAUUUGCCAACCAAGCACAAAAUUAUUUUAUACUGACUGUACAUUACAAAAAUAUACUCUCAAAAAUAUGGCCUCUUACAGUAUUUAAGAGAUAGCAAGGAAGUGGCUAAUUUUUUUAUGUGUAUAUAUAUAUGUGCUCAGACAUAUAUGUAUAUAUAUUAAAAAGUUGGCACUAAUAGGUGGGUUUAUUGGUCUUUUUCUAAUUGUAUAAUUUAAUUUAGUACAAAGUUUGUAAAAUAUCAGAGUAUAUAUAUUGUUUCUACAACAUGGUAUUGCAUUUAUAUCUUUUUACUACAGUGAUCUGUGACAGCUGCAGCAGCUUCAUGUUGUAUUUUUUUUACUGAAAUUGUAAGAUAUCCAUCUUAAAGACAUCAAUUCUAAAAAAAGUAAAAAAGUUGUGUACAGAAUAUUCCUUAGUGGUGGAAUUAAAAUGUAUGAAAUAUUUGCUUUUUUCAAAAGAAACACAAAUUGUAUUUUCUGUUAAAAGUUUAAAGAUUUUUGCUAUAUAUUAUGGAAGAAAAUGUAAUCGUAAAUAUUAAUUUUGUACCUACAUUGUGCAAUACUUGAAAAAAGGUAUAAAAGUAUUUUGAGUCAGUGUCUUACAUGUUAAGAGGGACUGAAAUAGUUUAUAUUAAGUUUGUAUUAAAAUUCUUUAAAAUUAA